ACUACUUCCGUUCAAAAUGGCGAUGUUGGCUGAACCUCGACGUAAACAAAAAAUAUCGAUAAAUCCUCAAGGGACAAAUUGGAGUAAUGAUGACAGCAAAUUUGGCCAGAAAAUGUUGGAGAGAAUGGGUUGGUCUAAGGGCAAAGGCCUGGGAGCUAAAGAAAAUGGCCAAGUUGAACAUGUGAAAAUAAGCUUUAAAAAUGACCAGAAGGGAGUUGGGUCUAACAAGAACCAAGCAGACAACUGGAUAGCUCACCAGGAUGACUUCAACAGCUUGCUAGAGACACUGAAUGAGGGUCAUGGAGGAGGGGAGGUGGAUUCCCCUGUCGCUCACCAGGUGGCCAGUCUCGAGAAGAAGUCCCAGUCAUCGCGAAGCAGAGUACAUUACAGCAAGUUCACGAAGGGCAAAGAUCUGUCAUCAAGAUCACAUGAAGAUCUCAAAUGUAUAUUUGGUAAACGUGCAGCCAAACCUACCUCUGGAAAGAACUCUCCAGCACUUGAAUCAAGUGAAUCCUCAGGGUCUGAAGAAUCGAAGGCUGACAUGUCACAUGGGUUCAAUACCAUAAACAGCACCUCUACAAUGCAAGAAUAUUUUGCCAAAAAGAUGGCUGCCAUGAAGGGUCAGACGUCAUCACCAUCAAGGGAAGAUAAAUGUGGACUAGAAUCAGAUACUAUAGAACAGCCAGCAGAGUCAGCAGCUGACUCUCACUGUCGGAAGAAAAAUAAGAAGUCCAAACGAAAAACUAAGGACUUAGAUAUAGAAGAAACUGAGAAUAAUAAUUCAGAUAUGCAUAUAGAACAUAGUAAUUUAGGCAGUUGUGAUGUUGAGCCUAAGAAAAAGAAAAGCAAAAAGUGUAGAAGGAAGCACUCCGAGACAGCCGACUCACCUGGUGAUGUGGAUGAUGUAGUGGACAAGACAGUAGGUGAGGAGGAGGAGCAAACGGAGAAGAAGAAGGACAAGAAGAGGAAGAGGGAGGAAAAAGAGACUGAGAAGGAAAUACAGGAAAAGGCUACAGAGAAAACCAAGAAGAAGAAGAAGAAAAAAAAGAAGUCAGCAGCUAGGCAAGUUGAAGUGUAGAGAGCAGUGAGCUUGGAGAAAACGGGGGGAAGAAUGGAAGCAAGGCAUCAAAACCAAGAAGAGCUGGGCUGCGGCCACAGAAGCUUCCUCCCCUCAUCCAGAGUACUUGUGACUCCUUCAAAGGUGCCAAUGUGGCCUCUAUUGAUGGAUAUAAUAAAUCAUCACUCCCAGCUUCAGAGUUGAUGAAGAGAAUUGAAAGUAAACAUAACAUGGUAUUGUGGCAGUUGAAGGCAAAGAAACAAGAUAAACAACUUCGAAUGCAGCAUGGCCUUGACCAAUGUUAGCGCUGCAAAACAGGGGCAUUAAAGACACGUUCCAUAAUGCCAUGACAGGAGACGGGGUUGUUGGUGGUAUUACUGAUGGACCAUUAGUGUUUGGCAGAACAUACUGAAGUGCUGUCAAGGAAACUGUGCAAUAAGGGUGUGAUGAACUAUUGAGGCCACAAUCUGAAAACGACAGCAUCUCCACGAGAAGACAAAAUUGUUUCUCUCUGAUACUGUAUUUGUAAAUAUUGUAACAGACAAUGUAUUGAAAAUGAAUACCAUUUUUGUUAGUGUGUGAUUAUUAUAAUGACUUAAAGAUUAGAUAUAUUGCAGAAAAGUUUUGCAGGUAUCCAUCUUUACACUAAUUUAAUAUGUUAAUGUCAUCAGCAAAUAUUGAAGUUAUUAGAAAUAAUGCUAUGUAUAUUUACUAUGCAGAUGUAAAACGUUCCGCACCUUCCUCAUUGUACAUCUCAUCUGUGGUUAUUUGCUGUACAUCAACCAAGGGAAAGCCUGUAACCAUUGUUGUAAUUAUGGGCCUAUGGCCGACAUUACAGCAAGAAAUAAAGACUGGAUACUGUAGGUAAAAUAGAAAUAACUAUUAAAACAAAAUAUGUGUCAGAAAGACUUCACUGUUGAUGGAUUGUUGAUUAAAAUGAAUUUACAUGAAA